CCCUUCCAUCACCAAGGUUUCCAUUCCAAUUUUCAAAGAGCAAAUUUCAUUCCAGCAGAGACCGUCAAUUGGACAAUAGUUCGGUUGGUCUCUUCGAGUUUAAAAAAUAUUAAGUUCAGCAAUACUUGAUUCAAUAUAUUCAACAUCUUUUAAAGAAGCUGAACUCUCAGACACUUAAGAAACUACAUAUUAAAAAUGUCGUUUGGAACCAAGCAGUUUGUCAACACCAGCUACAAACCCCGUCCUCAAAACGGUGGGGGAUAUGGCUCUCAAAUGAAUGGCAACAGAGGAAACUUUGGCAACAAUCGUUUCCCCAGCAAACCAGCAGGAGGAGGAUAUGGUGGUCCUAGGAAUGGAGGUGGCAAUAACUUCCGUUCCCAAAAUGACAACAGCAUGUACGAUUUUCAAGGGCCCAACAGUCUGGAAAAAAUCAAUUGGGGUGCGGAGACUCUGCAACCCUUCCAGAAGAACUUCUACGUACCUCACCCUGCUGUACACCAGAGAACUGCAUACGAGAUCGAGGAGUACCGUAGGGCCAAGGAAAUAAGGGUUGAAAACAGUGCCCCUAAUCCGAUUCAAAAUUUUUCUGAAGCUAAUUUCCCUGAUUAUGUCAUGAAUACCAUAAUUAGGUUGGGCUACGAAAGCCCCACCGCUAUUCAGGCACAAGGCUGGCCAACUGCUCUGAGCGGUAGAGAUCUCGUUGGUAUAGCCAAAACUGGAUCAGGAAAAACUUUAGCUUACAUUUUACCCGCUAUAGUGCAUAUCAACAAUCAGCAAAGACUAUCUCGUGACGAUGGACCAAUCGCGUUGGUAUUGGCUCCCACUAGAGAAUUAGCGCAACAGAUUCAACAAGUUGCAAAUGAGUUUGGCCAUUCUUCCUACAUCCGCAACACUUGCAUUUUCGGAGGAGCUCCCAAGGGGCCCCAGGCUCGUGAUUUGGAACGAGGAGUUGAAAUUGUCAUAGCAACACCUGGAAGGCUCAUUGAUUUCUUGCAGAGAGGAACUACCAAUUUGAAAAGAUGUACCUAUUUGGUGCUGGAUGAAGCUGAUCGAAUGUUAGAUAUGGGUUUCGAACCUCAAAUUCGAAAGAUCCUCGAACAAAUCAGACCCGACCGGCAAACUUUGAUGUGGUCCGCUACAUGGCCAAAAGAAGUUCAAAAACUCGCGCAUGAUUUUCUGACGGAUUAUGUUCAAAUUAAUAUAGGAUCACUUCAGCCUUCAGCAAACCACAACAUCCAUCAAAUUGUUGACGUUUGCCAGGAAACAGAGAAAGAACAAAAAUUGAGUAUGUUGCUUCAGGAAAUAGGAAACACAAUGGAAUCAGAUUCAAAAGUGAUUAUUUUUGUUGAGACAAAGAAAAAAGUAGAAAGUAUAACAAAAACGAUUGGAAGCUAUGGCUGGCCAGCUUUAAGUAUACAUGGUGACAAAAGUCAAAAUGAACGUGACUACGUGUUACGGUCCUUCAGAAAAGGAGGGCAAUGCUCCAUUCUGGUGGCCACAGAUGUGGCUGCCAGAGGGCUUGAUGUUGACGGUAUCAAAUACGUCAUAAAUUACGAUUAUCCUCAUUCCUCUGAAGACUACAUUCAUAGAAUUGGCCGAACUGGCCGAUCUGAUACUACUGGAACGUCAUAUGCGUUCUUCACACCAUCCAAUUAUAAACACGCCAAAGAUCUGAUCUCAGUCCUCGCAGAAGCCAAACAGGUAAUCAACCCCAAAUUGAGUGAGAUGGCAUCCAGGUUUGGAGGUUUUGGUGGCAAUAAGGGUAGAUGGGGACAAAAUAACAGCAAUGGAUUCCAAUACAGAAAUAACAAUAUGAGUAAUGCACCAAGACGGAAUUCAAGGUGGGGAAAUACAGGAGAACAGAAACCAUAUGGCUCAUAUAACAAGAGUGUGUAUUGAGAAUUCCUGGAAGAGACCAAAGUUCAUGUGAUCAGUAUUGUUUAAAUUCCAUUUUGAAGAUUAUUUUUUAAAUAGUUGAAGAGUAUUUAUAUGUUUAAUUUCAUAAGAGAAAUAUCACUAUUAAAACGUUCGUCACUCAUUUUUUUUUUAUAAUUUAUCAUAAGAAUUUAUAAAUAAAUGAUAAGUGUCAAUUUUCUAUCAUUAAAAUACUGUGUCGAAACGUAUUUAGCUAAUGAUUAUUAAAGUUUGCACUUGGUUA